UGCACGAUGGCGGCGGCAAAAUUGCUGUAAUUUCGACACGAUUGUUUUAAUAAUUUGUGAUAAUAUAGCAAUAUUCAAAGGCUUCAGAAAUGCUAACAGAGGGACUUACAGGCAGAUUCUAAUGACGAUACCCUGAAAGAGCCAAUAUUUAUUUAUAUAAAUCAGUAUUGUACAAUCAAUUGAUAAUAUGCCCGUACACACAGUUAAUUCAAAAAUGUCCAAGAAAGGGAAGAUGUUGGAACAACCGGUCAAAAUGUCUAAAAAGGAAGGUACAUCUGAAAAGAAAAAAGGAAAGGAAGCAAAUAGAAAACGGCAUACUGAUAAUAGUACCAAUAAAAAUGAGUCUGUUUCCAAAGUUGGUAAACAAAAUAGAAAUGGAAACCAAAGAACUGAUGAAAACCUUGGAGCAGUUAAAAACAUUGAAUGUCAUGGAAGAAAUCAACUGGAAGCAAAGAAAAGUCCUUCUAAAAUUGAGAUAGAACAACAGUUACAAUAUAUUAAAGAGAAAGAGAGGGAAUUAGAAGAACAACUAAGACAACAAGAAGAAGAGGAAAGAAAAAAUGAUCGAGGAAAGAAAAAAGUUCGAAACAAGAGUGGAGGAGGAGGUAAAAAGAAAGGGAAAGACACAACGAAACAGCAAAUGAAAGGGGAAAUGGAAGAAAUUCAAGCGUCAUCUGGAUCAGCCAUACAGAGUAAUGUUAACAAUAAUGCAACAGCUGAUCAGUAUAAAGAUAUGAAAAACCCAUUAAAGGCUGAAAUUUUGCCAAUUUUAAAGAAAAAUAUCAGUAAGAAUGUCAAAGAAAAAUGUUCAGACAGUUCAGAGGAUGAAGUAUGGAGCAAACAUAAUAAAGAUUUACUUCUGCAACAACAUUUAGAAGAAUUUCGUCAUUUGAUGGACGUUCAGCCUAAGCGCCAUACUGAAGCUCAAAUCAAAAUGGAGAGACAGAAAAGUCAGGAAGCUAAUAUGGAACGGCAAAAUAGAGAAUUACAAAGGAUAAGAUUAGCUAGUGCUGGGAGUAUAUCUUCAGGAGAUGCAGUAAAGAAAAAACAAGAGUUUUUAAGAAAGCAACAAGAAAUGGAAAGAAAAAGAAACCAGGAGGAAAUGACUGAAUUACAGCAGGUUGGUCUACAGAAGAAAGCUAAAUCAGCUGCCAAAGGAAAAAGAUCAGUCAUUAAUACCUCUAAUAAUAAUCAACAGCCAUCUCAGCAGAAAACGAAUAAGAAAACAUGGGGACCUCUACCAACUAAUUUCCGCUUAGAAUCUUCAGAUGUAGUAUGGCCAGAAGUAAAACCAACCAGUAGUCAUGGUAAUAUUUGGUCUGAACGAGAGCGAAAACAACAACAGUUAGCAUGUCUUAUGCCUAAAACAUCUAAUGAAGAAGAAGAAAUGAUCAGAAAAGCUCUAGAACUGAGUGAGAAAACUGCUGAAGAAGAAAAAGAAUUUCGUGAAGCAAAUUAUAAAUACUAUCAAAAUGAUGAUGAUAGACUUGCUAAGUUAUUAGUAAAUAGAUUUACUAUGGAAAGUCAACAAUUAGCUGAAUUUAUUGAUUCAUCUGGUAAACCUGUUAAUAAAAAGAAAACUUCACAUACAGACAGACGUCAGCAGACAGCAUUACUAAGUCCACCAAUUGAACCAGUGACUCAAUGGCAGGAUUGGGAAAAGCUGGAAUCUCCUGUGAAGAGCUGCAACCCCAAAGAAAAACUACCAUGUAACAAACAACAUGAUUCUAAAGUUAAAUCCCCUCCACAUGCGGUGACCAAAGAAAAAAGUAAACUUUUGAGUGAAUCUGAGGAACAUUGGAGUGAAGAGGAGAUAAAUAUUGAUGAGGAAUGUCCGCUUAAUUGUUCUAAUCUCUUAGAAACUCACCAAGAGAUGAUGGACACUGAAAACAGAUCUCAUACCCCAGGACUGGAUGCAAGAGGUGAUACAAAUGUGAAGCAGUUCGAUAAAAAGGGUUUUGCCAUUGAUCAAGAAUACUAUGAUCCUCAUGGAGGUGCCCGUCCUAAGUAUAGUCCUGCCAACAGUAUAUGGAGUCCACCCAAAAUUGAAGAACGUAAUAGUGCUAUCAGAGAUAAUAACAUAUGUAAGGAAGAGCCAACUAUUAAAACCUUCACUGAUACAUCACAGAUAACCAUUAAAGAAUUUGAAUCAGUGAAUAGAAAUAACUCUAAUAAUUGUGAGACGUCUUGCAAUAAUUCUGCAGUUUUUCAUGUUCCUGCUAAAAUAAAGGUUGAAACCCAUCCUUUAAAUUUUAGUUCCGGUGAAGAGGAAGAUUGGAAUGACGACAUUAAUUAUGUGGGACCAGAGUGCGAUCCUGAUGAAAAGGCAACACAUCUUACAUAUGCUUGCACUAAAACAGGAAUAUUUACAAAUCCUCAAGUAGUUUCCAAAUUAGAAACAGAUAAACCCACAAUCAGAGACUUAAAAGAAGAAAUUCCUGCAAAAACGGAACAACUGAACAAUAAUAUAGAAACACAGUCCAAAUAUAUCAACAAUGAUAUCCACAAUAUUGAUUCUACGGAAAUUGGGAUCGAUGUUCCAAUGAGUAAUUGCGAUAAUGUUCAAAAAAGUUAUUGGGAAGUGAACUAUGCUUCGUCAGAAAUACAUCCCCUGAAGACUAGUAGAGAUAUUCCUCUAAUGGUUUUUGAGGACAGAAACCGAGUCUCCGAAACACAACUGCAAAAAAAUAUCAGUGGCCCCAAAACUGACUUGGAUGAAAGAAAUAAUAUUCCCUUGGAAGAAACAAAAUGUGCCAAUUCAUUUCAUUCUCCAGCAAAUAUUAGAAAUCCUGGAGGUAUGAGUAAGGGAAUUAGAUUCAUGUCUGCUAGAAAAAAAUUCGCAGAUGCAAAAUCGCAGUUUCUCUCUUCAAAAAUUCAGUCCAAUUCACUUGCCGAAAGUCGUGUUACCAAAAAACAGAAUAGUUUUCCAGCGUAUCCUAAAAGUUUGUCGAGUGAUUCCGAUAGCACAACAAGCAAGUCAGAUACAGACAUCCGAAUACCAACUACAGCAUGUGCUAUUUCCCAAAGUAGAAUAUCAGCCAUGCAGAAAGUUUGUAAAAACAUACAGCAUCCGAAACGAACAGAAGAGCAAGCAGCUCAGUCAAAUUCUGGAGAAGAAAUUAAGCUUCCAUCAACAUGUGCUUCAACUAUCUCGUAUCCCAAUAAUAUAAUCACUUCUUUGAUAUCAGAUGCAGUAAAGGAAACUGUUUUACCUACUAAAGAUAAACCGUUAGAAAAACCUGCUGUUAAACUACCACUUGGUUUACCACCACAUUUAGUCAAUGCCUAUCUCUUGUUCCUGCAACAACAAGAAGCAUCUAAAAACAACAUCACAGAAACAAUACCAUCGAAACAACCCAGUGAUGAACCUACGCAUUCAAAUCCCCAGUUAAAUCCAAUUACCCUCACACAAACCAGUUCUAGUCAACUUCAUACACAACAAAAUAUGAAUCAAAAUUUAUACACAAAUCAAAAUGUUUGUUCUGGAAUCAAGGUAUCAACAAUGCCAUCUGAUUGUUCUAAACAAACUGUAAUGAAAACAACAGAUACCACUUCAAUCAACACUCAUCUUUCAUCUGUUCAAAAAAUCAACACUGGUGCUCCAUUAAAUGGAUAUAUAUCGAGCAACAAUGUGAAUAUUCCAAAUGAAAACGUUAUCCGUGAUCCAAAUAGUAUUACCUGCAGUCAAAAUACAGGUUUAUUAAACCCAGCAACGUUACCAACAGUGCCAAAUCCCAUCAUUCCUUCAUUAACAACAGGAAAUUCUUUACUUGGUAUGCCAAACAUAGUGAACUCUGUCGGAAAUAUCCCAGCUAUGAACUCUUUUGGAAAUCUCCCAGUGUACAAUUUCAACAUGCUUUCCCAACAAUUACCGAUGUAUUAUCCGAGUUUUAAUCCAUUUAUAAAAACUGUACCGGAUCCCAUGUACAGAAUGUGUAAUCCACCUGUAUUUAUGCAUUCUGUUCAACAACAACAGCAACAACAGGGUCAACAGCAAAUAAAAAAUCAAGAUAUAAUAUUGCCUUCAACAUCCGUUGAUCAAGAAUCUGGUUUGGAUUCAAGUUCUAUAGCACCAAAGCCCACCAUAACAAAUACAGACAGAUUAAAGAAAAAAUUGGAACGUUUGCAUAAAGUGAAGUCACUAAUGGAGGAAGUUCGUAAAGACAGUGAAAUAAAGCCUACAGUAAAAGAAGUUCAGGCUGAGUAAAUAGAAGUGGCAUAUGGUACAAGUUUAUAUUUUCAAGAUGAAAACUAUGUAUUGUGUUCUUCAUAGAAGGAUGUUAUAAACUUGGUUAAAGAAUUAACCAUAUAAUUAAAUCCUAGAAUAUUUUUCACCGACACCAUAUUCAGGGAAUGAUAUGUGUUUUGGGUGUGAUUUCUUAAUUUUGUUUGCUUUUAGCUUUUGUGAUACUGACUGACCCAUAAUUCAAAUAUACCAUAUUUAGUUGGGUACAUAAGU